GCUUCUUCCUUCUUAGCGAUUGCUCUCUCUGUCUCACUCGCUCAGAUUCUUUUAAAAGCCACCAAAACCCUCUCCUCUCUAACUAUGGAAGUGGCAGCAGAGAGACCCUCAGUUCGUGUAACAAACAUCCCGCAAACAAUCACAGCCCAAGAAAUCUUACAGUACCUCGUAGCCCAACUCGGCAAAGAUUCUGUCUUUGCCAUAGAAAUCUCCACGGUACGGAAAAACUGGAAUUCCCGUGGCUUUGGCCGAGUCCAAUUUGCUUCCCUCGAGGUUAAACACGAGGCACUCUCUCUCUCUCUACAGAACAAACUCGUCUUAAAAUCCCAGAAUCUCAAGUUAUCAGAAACCUGUGAUGACAUCAUUCCCAGGCCAGUCAUGGACCAAAAUAGAAUGGAAAAUGGGGUUUUGUAUGCGGGUUUUAUGAAAAAAGACACUACAUUGUGUGUUCUUGAGUACUGGGAAGGUGUGAGAGGGUGGUUUAUGCCUGAGAGGCGGAGGAUUGAGUUUUGGAUUCGGGUAGGGCAGGAGUUCCGUUAUAAGUUAGUGGUGGAGUUUGAGGAUAUCUUGGAGGCUGUUGGGUUCCCUUUGGAUGGUGACAAGGUUAACGCUGUCGUUUUAAAGCUCAGGUAUGGACCAAGGAUCUAUCAAAAAAUCUCUGGACCUGGCAUAGCUUCGAAAUUUAGCACUAAUCGGUAUUUUUACUGCAAGGAAGACUUUGACUUUCUUUGGGUUCGAACAACAGACAUUUCUGCCAUAAAAUCAAUUGGACAGUCGACGUCAUUUUGUUGGGAAAUUGGAGAAGGAUUAGAGGCUUCAGAUACUUUUAGAAAUUUCCCAUAUUAUCAAGAAUUUAUGAACAUACUUGAUUUGGAGGAUGGGGAAGAAUUUCGUUCUGCUUCGGAAACAGUUCCACUCAUAAGAUGUGGAUCAGAUAAGUUAGCAUAUGAGGUCCUUUUCCAGCUGAAUUCUCUUGUUCAUACUCAAAAAAUUAGUCUUGCUGCAGUGGACAGUGAUCUCAUGAAGAUCCUUCGCAAUCUGACUGUAAACACUGCUUUUAUAAUUCUUCAGAAAUUGCACAAGUUAAAGAUGACCUGUUAUGAUCCCUUGUCUUUUGUAAAGCAAAGCCUUAGAGAAUCUCUCUCAUCACCACCCAAGAGCUUAACAGAGAAUAAUAUAAUGAGUUGUCAUAGGGCCUUAAUUACACCAUCAAAGAUUUUUUGUUUGGGUCCUGAGUAUGAAACCUCCAACUAUGUUGUGAAACACUUUGCUCAAUACGCUUCAGACUUUAUAAGAGUUACUUUUGUUGAAGAAGAUUGGAGUAAACUUCCUGCGAAUGCAAUUUCAACGAGUAUCCAGCGAGGUAUUUUCGCAAAACCUUUCAGAACUGGAAUAUAUCAUAGAAUAUUGUCCAUUCUUCGAGAUGGGAUUGUGAUUGGAGCUAAAAGGUUUGAGUUUCUGGCGUUUUCUGCUAGUCAAUUACGAUCCAAUUCUGUUUGGAUGUUUGCUUCUAACAAUGAUGUGAAAGCAGAAGAUAUUAGAAAAUGGAUGGGUUGCUUUGACAAGAUACGCAGUGUGUCCAAAUGUGCUGCCAGGAUGGGUCAGUUGUUCAGUUCUUCUUUGCAAACUUUUGUUGUUCCUGUGCAAGAUGUAGAGAUUAUUCCUGACAUUGAAGUCACUACUGAUGGCAUUGACUACUGCUUUUCUGAUGGAAUUGGCAAAAUUUCUCUUUCUUUCGCCAAGCAAGUUGCUCACAAGUGUGGAUUGAGUCAUACUCCAUCAGCAUUUCAAAUUCGGUAUGGUGGCUAUAAGGGGGUGGUUGCUGUUGACCGCAAUUCCUUCCGGAAGCUAUCUUUGCGUAGUAGUAUGCUAAAAUUUGACUCAGAAAACAGGAUGCUCAAUGUCACUAAAUGGAGUGAGUCCAUGCCUUGCUAUUUGAAUCGGGAGAUCAUUUCUCUCUUGUCUACAUUGGGAGUGGCAGAUGAAAUAUUUCAGGCUUUGCAACAGAAACAGUUGUAUCAGCUCAGAAAAAUGCUAACUAAUAAAGAAUCAGCUUUAGAUGUCUUAGAGAAUUUGGUGUGGGCUGAUUCCAAGAAUAUUCUUGUACAAAUGUUGCUUCAAGGCUACGAGCCCAAUGUGGAACCUUACCUCUCAAUGAUGCUUCAAGCCUAUCAUGAAAAUUCAUUGAUGGAAUUAAGAAGCCGAUGUCGAAUAUUUGUCCCAAAGGGUCGCAUCCUGAUUGGCUGCCUGGAUGAAAGUGGUACCUUAGACUAUGGACAAGUUUAUGUUCGCAUAACCAUGACAAAAGCAGAGCUGCAAUGUUCGGACCAGAGCUUCUUUCGGAAGGUAGAUGAGUCAACAUCCAUUAUAAUAGGGGAAGUGGCUGUCACCAAGAAUCCUUGUCUUCACCCAGGAGACAUUAGAGUCCUUGAAGCAGUCUAUAAUGUGGAACUGGAGGAGAAGGGCUUGGUGGAUUGCAUUAUCUUCCCCCAGAAUGGAGGAAGGCCUCAUCCAAAUGAAUGCUCUGGUGGUGAUCUUGAUGGGGAUCAAUUUUUCAUAAGCUGGGAUGAAGGUCUUCUCCCUUGUCAUACUGAAGCCCCAAUGGACUACGUUGGAGGGAGACAACGAAUAGUGGAUCACAAUGUGACUUUAGAGGAAAUUCAGAGAUUUUUCGUGGAUUAUAUGAUCAACGACACUUUGGGUGCCAUCUCUACUGCCCAUUUAGUGCAUGCUGACUGUGAACCAGAUAAAGCCCGAAGUGAAAAAUGUCUGCAGUUGGCAACCCUCCACUCCAUGGCAGUUGACUUUGCAAAGACCGGAGCGCCAGCUGAGAUGCCCCUGUAUUUGAAGCCAAGGGAAUUUCCAGAUUUCAUGGAGAGAGUAGAAAAGAAAAUGUACAUAUCUGAUGGGGUACUGGGAAAACUCUAUCGAGACAUCCAUGAUUCAACAAGACAAGAAAGGUCAAAAAAGAUGGCUGAAGCAACUUAUGACCAAGAUCUUGAAGUGAAAGGUUUUGAGGAUUUCCUUGGAAUCGCAUCAAUCUAUAAGGAGAAGUAUAUGGAGAAAAUGAGCACAUUAAUGGAUUAUUAUGGGGCUAAAACUGAGGAUGAGAUACUGACAGGUAAUUUGCGACACAGGCCAACGUAUUUGCAACGUGACAACAGAAAAUACGGAGAUGUGAAAGAUAGAAUUCUAGUGUCGCUGAAGAACCUGAAGAAGGAAGCUAAAGAAUGGUUUGAGAGCAGCUGCGACCCUACUGAGCACCAGUGCAUGGCUUCAGCAUGGUAUCACGUUACUUACCAUCCUACUUAUUUCCAUGAAAGGAUGAAUUGCUUGAGCUUUCCAUGGAUUGUAGGUGACAUUUUGUUGAACAUAAAGUCUUUGAAUAGAAGAAAUGCCUGAACGUGUUCACAGGUUCUUGAUUGUAAUGUUUUAUUUAGAAGCCUUACCUUACAGGUCCAUAACUGGGGCCAUUUUGGUAAGUUGCUGGCUUUGGCUUUUGGCUGUGGAUGUGGUGGUUAGGAUUACCAGUAACUGUAUCUGUUUGGAUGUGCAAAUAUGAAUAUACUUGUAGAGAAUUAAUGGUUACA